AGCAUUUUUGUAGUGCUGAAAUUAAAAUAACAGCAGUAAAACUAUGGGACAGUGUGUUUGUUGUGCGAGGCCUAGAGUGCGCUCAUGGCGAAGGUCAAGUCAGUACAGACACAAGAGAUUUGAAUUCAACCCAACAAGAACUUUGAAGUUUCGUGACUCUGCUAUUCGGAAUGAGCUGUCCAUAUGUAACCAAGAUGCACUUGACGACGACCUCUCUCCGCUGUCUGGGGCCAUACCGACUGUUGUCAAUAGCAACCAGAGGGGGCGUGGCGCUGACGAAGAGAACGGAGCUUCGGGAGAAGUUAGAAAGAGUGGGCGUCUUGUGUUCAGUGAUGAGUGGGAUGAGGCGACGCCCACUAGUCUGGAGCCAGCAGGAGAGGAGACAGAGGUCAGAGGUCGAUCAGGAUCCAACAGCUCAGAGAAAAUGGGACGAUUUGAGGUGUGGACCCUGGAGGACAGUGUGCUGGAGGGUGGUGGAGGGGAGGUGGUGGGAGGUGACGAGAGAACCAAACUUAUAGACGAAUCAGACGAAGGAACUUGAUUUUGCAUUAUUCUAAUUUUCAUGCAAAAUUGUCACUUUAUUAAUACCUUUUAUGGACACAACUGUAGCCUCAUCCCCGUGUCUAUGUAGCUAUUAUGCUAUAUACUACUGUAGCACUCAAAUGAUGUCAGUAUCUACGCACAAUCAGUGUACAAAUGAUUAAUGUGCAAUAUCCUUGUCUCCAGUCGAAA